CUCGCUCUUGUUAAGGGUGUGCGAGUUAAUUGUAAAUGUAAAAUUAAAAAAAAUGAAAUUCUAGUAUAACCUCAUGUCUGGUUGGUUGUAAUAGUCAUUUCAUUACUGAUCAAUUUGGUGAUAAUAAGUGAUCCCUUUGUUUGGUUCACCGAAUCAUUCAUUCCAUGGAAUCGUCAUUCAUCUCUUAUUACAGUUUCUCCCUAAUUAGCAUUCCUCACCAUACCCAAAAAACAGCUGAGAAAUAAAGAGAAAAACCUUAACCUGUCAUUAUUGUCCUUUAUCACUCUCAGCCUCACUAAUACCUCAAGCCACCACACCCCCAAAGUAAUCAACAGAGUUGAUCCCGGUCCAUCCCACUAACUCUAAAAGGAGUUCUGUAUGAAAGGAGAAAGUUUUUUGUUUGGCAGGUGAUUGAUCAGAGAGAGCGAGUGAAUUAGCGAUAAUGGCAGAAGUGAAGAAAUCUGUGGAAUCUGAUAACGCCGAGGAUAUACUAACAAAAAUAGAAAACAAAUCUUUGAAGAUUGAGAGCUUAAUUAAACAAUAUAAAUUCAUUGAAGCGAUUAAAACUGCGCUCGAGGGUUAUCCUCCCCGAGACGAACGAUGCAAGUCUGCAAAUUGGAUAGGUGUGCAUAAAGCAUUAAUGGCUAUAAAAGAUGUUGAAGGAAUGCUUCGUUCUUUAGAUCCCCAGUACUAUGAUAUUCUUAUGAAGUAUAUAUAUAGAGGAUUGUCGACUGGAAAUCGCACAACAUGUGACCAAUGCCUUAAGAUCCAUGAAAAGCUGACAGAGAAAGCUGGUUUCGGAUGCAUACUUCGUUCCCUUGCAGACACUGUGAAUACAGUUUGACUCUAUUCACCCCUUCUCUUUGAAAAGAUAAUUAUUAUAGAAAUGUUCGGCAUUUUCUCUUCAUUGUUCCACAUACAUGUGAACCACAAAUUUUGUCCAUCACUGAAUGAUUAGAGGCUAUAAUUUGUCAUAAAUUAAUAAUACAAAUAUCUGGCUUUUCAGUUUGGGGUCAUUGCAAAAUCAUA